UUCAUUGGUCGCCGUACAUAGUAAAGUAAACGAGUUAUCGUUAAGCACUUUGAGCCGGUAUGUUGUGUUAAUUCAUUUAUGUACAACAUUUUACAAAAAUAAGCAUUUGUGCUGUGAUUUAUUUUAUAAAAAACUUUGUACAUACUAGUGUUUAAGUUAAACGUGUAUAAAGUUUAAAUUAUUUAACAACUCUAUAUUGGAUGUGUUAGUUUUUGUGUUAAAACUUAACUAAGUGACAAUGGCAGACAAUUCAAAAUUGACUGAUGAGGAGUUAGUUGAAAUCCGGGAACAAUUUGCUCAGUUGGACAAGAGCGAGAAUGGAUAUAUUGACCUCAAAGAGCUGAAAGACGCGCUUGACGGCGUCGGCUACAAGAUACCACAAUGGAAGGUUCGCUGCAUGAUCGAAGAGUAUUACCACAACGGCUCGAAGCAAGGCCGCGGCGUCAACGGCAAUGUGAACGGAGACGCGCACAGGAAUGGCAUGUCGCUUGUAGAGUUUGAAGAUCUGUGCGCCAAUCUUAAAGCACAACAGGUGGCGAGUACAUUUAAACAAGCAGUCAGUAAGAAAGAGAAUCUGGAACACUUGGGCGGUAUGAGCGAGGCUUCCAGUGAUGGCACAACACACUCUGUAAGGUUAGAGGAACAGAUGGCUUUCUCCGGCUGGAUCAAUAGCAACUUGGAGCAUGAUCCAGAUUUAAAACAUCUUCUGCCCAUUGAUGCUGAGGGGAAACAGUUAUACGAGAAACUGAAAGAUGGUCUUAUAUUAUGCAAAGUGAUCAACCAUUCCUGCCCUGACACCAUUGAUGAGCGAGCUAUCAACAAGAAGAAUCUAACACUAUACACCAAGCAUGAGAACUUGACCCUCGCUCUGGUCUCUUCUCAGGCCAUCGGAUGUAACAUUGUCAAUAUUGAUGCACACGACUUGGCCAAAGGUAAGCCUCACUUGGUGUUGGGACUGCUUUGGCAGAUCAUCCGCAUUGGUCUCUUCAACCAGAUCACUUUGGAGCACUGUCCCGGACUCACCGAGCUGCUCAACGACCAGGAGCGUAUCGAAGAUCUAUUGGCGCUGUCUCCGGAGGCGAUUCUGCUGCGCUGGGUGAACCACCAGCUGCAGAGCGCGGGCGUGACGCGGCGCUGCAACAACUUCCAGCAGGACGUCGCUGAUUCGGAGAUAUACUCAUAUCUCCUUAAGCAGAUCGCGCCUGAUGAUGCUGGAGUCACAUUGGACGCGCUCAGGGAAACGGACUUGAUGCGUCGUGCUGAAGUGAUGCUGCAACAAGCCGCACGUCUCCGUUGCCGUGCGUUCGUGACACCUGCAGACGUGGUCGGUGGAGUUUAUAAGCUCAACUUGGCCUUCGUUGCCAAUCUCUUCAACCAGCACCCAGGACUCAACCACACCACGGACACGCAGGAGUACCACCAGCUCGAUGAAACCAGGGAGGAGAAGACGUACCGCAACUGGAUGAACUCUAUGGGUGUGGCGCCGCACGUCAACUGGCUGUACUCAGACCUCACUGACGGCCUCGUCAUCUUCCAGCUCUACGAUAUUAUCAAGCCUGGCAUCGUCAACUGGAAGAAGGUACACAGACAGUUUUCAAAACUGCGUAAGUUUAUGGAGCGUUUGGAGAAUUGUAACUACGCGGUGGAGCUCGGCCGACAGCUCGGCUUCUCGCUGGUGGGCAUCGCCGGCGCUGACAUCAACGAGGGCAAUGCCACACUCACACUCGCUCUGAUCUGGCAGCUGAUGCGUGCAUACACACUGUCGGUGCUGACGCGGCUCGCCAACACUGGCAGUCCCAUUAUUGAGAAGGAGAUCGUGCAGUGGGUCAACAAUAAGCUGCAAAGCGCCGGCAAAACAUCCUCCAUUAAGAGCUUCCAGGACGAAGUGUUAGCGGACGGUAAAGUGGUGAUCGACCUGAUCGAUGCCAUCAAGCCUGGCUCCAUCAACUAUGACCUCGUGCUGCACGGCGGCAAUGAGGAGGAGAAUCUAGCGAACGCUAAAUACGCGAUAUCGAUGGCGCGUCGCUGCGGCGCGCGCGUGUACGCGCUGCCCGAGGACAUCACCGAGCGCAAGCCCAAGUUGAUAAUGACGGUGUUCGCCUGCCUCAUGGCGCUCGACUACAUUCCGCAGAUGGACGCGCCGCUCGCUAAGGUUGAAAACUCAGAAGUAACCGUUUUCUCGGAUGUAACGGAAGCCGAAAAUGACGUCAGUGAAAGUACUGAAGAGACCACAGACCUAACACCAGUGAUAGAAAAGCCAGCCCUGCCUCCGAAACCCGAUAACUUGUCACCACUACCGAGAACACAGUCGGUUUCCACGGACGAAACGAAAGAAUAAUUUAAAUGUUACCUUUUGUAUAUAGAUUUCAUGGCUACCCAAAAGUUUAGAUGGUAUAAAAGUCGCGGUAAUAAAAUAUGACUUUUAUUAUUGAAAAACAACGAUAUUUACAUAAUUGAAAAGUUAUUAAACCAGUAUAACAGAAGAAUUAUUUUUUUAUAACAAUUUAUAUGUUUUAUGCAAAGAUUUUAUAGAAUGUUUAUUUUUCUAUUAUUUUUAUUAUAAUUUAUUGUGUUGUAGUUUUAAUAAAUUGGAACAUUACGUACAAAGAGAAUUGAAAUGCAAUUUAUUUUUUUAUGUGUAUGUUAUAAAUUGAUUUUAUAACUAAAUUCAACGUAUUGUAUACAUUUUUGUAAGUACAUCUGUACAUUUAUUUUAAACAUUUGAAUUUGAAUAGAUUUCUUACUUUUAUAACAAUAAUUUAAAAUAAAGAAUUAUAUUUUA